AUGGAGCUGAAAAGCGGAGAAAGAGAGCGCGGGGUGGACUCUCCCGGGGAGGAGAGAGAGGAAGAAGCAGCGAUGUUUUCGCGCGGAGAAGGAGAUAAGAAUGCGCGUGUGAAGGCUUUUAUGGACGUUUUUUCGAUUCUUUCUCACGUUACAGGGCACGUUUUAGUCGUUACUCCGCUGAGAAGUGAGGCAAGCACCUUGGAAAAGACGUGCUCAGGCCUGGAGGGCGUGCAGGUGAGCAUCGCAGGCGCAAAGAGGGCAGAAGAGCUCUUGUCCGGCCCAGAGAGGAUAGAUAUCGUCAUUCUCCGGAAGUACAAGAUCCUCGAAGAGAUGCAAGUUUUGAGCGGGGUAAUGGAGGCAGUUGGAGACCGGCAGGUGAUCGUCUCUCUCGAGGGAGGGGAUGAAGUCCCUUCUCUUGAGGGUUUUGCUCUCGCCUCAAAAAAAGUCUCCAAGCGAGAAUUUUUCAUUCACGGGGAGACUAUUUUCCAGAAAAUGGCCGUUGUUUUUUCUGUGACGAAGGCAAGACCCAUAAGAAACCUGUGCGUGAUCGUGGGCUGGCCAAAGGAGGAGCGGAGAGUCGAGGUAUUUCUCCGGGCAUUCGGGAUGCGCGUGGAGGUAAAUCCCCCCGGGCGGAGAGAGGGCGUUAUCGGGGUCUUCCGCCCGGAUAGUCUCGCUGCGAGGAAGGAGGUUUUGGAGAAGUACAGCCUUGUCGUUGAUAUGUCGAAUGGAGCAGCAGAGGAGGCACUGGAGGACGUAAAAACGACUGUUUUGCGGGUAGUUUCCCCUCGGACUGCGCCGGAGGAUGCCCGAUUUGCCAGGAUAAGGGAUGCUGCUUUGCAGUAUAAGUACCGGAUAGAAAGUGUCCUGAAUAUGAUCACGAGACACGUCAUGCAGGGAAAGGCAGAGAUAGACGAGGCAUCCGUAAAGCACCUUCACGGGCCUCUGCGCCUUCUGUAG